UGCACGCGCCCCGGGGGCGGGGCCUUCUGGCGCCGACUCCCGCGAAAAGGAGAUGGCAGAGGGCUCAGGGUCUCGGCAUCGCUCGCUGUAUAAACUGGUGGGCUCGCCGCCUUGGAAAGAGGCUUUCAGGCAGGGAUGCCUGGAGAGAAUGAGAAACAGCCGGGACAGGCUCCUAAACAAAUAUCGCCAGGCUGGAGGCAAUAUGUCAGGAGGAGCUCAGAACACCUUUCUAGUGCAGGAGGUGAUGGAAGAAGAGUGGAAUGCUUUGCAGUCGGCGGAGAGCCGGCCAGAGGCCUUGGCUCAGUUGGAGGAGCCGCUGGACCUGGCCGUGCUGGAGGAAAUCCAACAGGAGCUGAUUGAUCAAGAACAGUCCAUCAUCAGUGAGUACGAGAAGAGCUUGCAGUUUGAUGAAAAGUGUUUCAGCGUCAUGCUGGCUGAGUGGGAAGCAAACUCCCUCAUCUGUCCUGUGUGUACAAAGUACAAUCUGAGAAUAGCAAGCGGUGUGGUCAUGUGUCAGUGUGGCCUGUACAUCCCAUCUCAUUCUCCAGAGGUGACAGAGCAAAAGUUUCGCGCCUGUUUAGAAGACAGCGUCAAUGAGCACAGUGCAUGUUGUCCCCACACGCCGGCAUUUUCCAUCACUGAAGGAACAGAGGAAAAGCCCAGUCUUCUCAUGAGCUGUCUGGUAUGCCUCCCACAGGACCCAGUGGUAAAAGCGGGUCGGUGGUUGGUUUUAUUCCCACCCUGGUAGAAAUAGCUUACAAAGAGGUAAAUGUUUAAAAAUGCAGUUUAUUCUCUGAGGAACUUUACUUGCAUAGAAAAGUGAAGUCACUUCAGUUAAAAAGGCCAGUCAUUCCCCGAAAGGGGAGGGACAGAGGCAGCCCAGCUCGUGGAAGGAACAGCAUAAAUGUCAUCACUGGUUGCAACUUUUAACCACAUAUUGAGAUUGCUUUUGUAACUGGAAUAUAAUUUAAGCUAACUUUUUUCUAUUUAAAUUCAGGCUUGUGAUACUUGGGCUGUGAUCCUCUAGAGCCAACCCUGAUGCACACGAUCUACUGCGUUGGAAACAAGUUCUGUCUUGAGAAGGGGCCUUGUAAAUACAAAUCUUUCAUUUAUAACUUAUUUUGUAUUAAAACGUUUCAAAGUUU